CACGCGGCCAACCCCCAUAAAAAGAAUAAAAUAUAAUUAUAAACCAGAGCCGGAUAGUAUCAGUGUGACUAGAGUCUUUGUUCGCAAUAGACAUUAAGUUGUGUGGUGUGUUUUGGUGUCGCCAAUAUGACAAACAAAUUAGUAGAAAUACCCGUAGACAAAUGGACGACCUUGCGCGAUUUAUAUGUAAAGCGUAAAGAUCGAGCUUCAUGUUAUAAUUUAAUACAAACUCUAAUCAACUGGAAAAACAAAGAACCAGAAUUGGAUCUAAACAUUUACUCGCUUAACGGUGAUUGGGAGGCAGAUGGUACUUUUGUUGCCAAGUUUUUAUAUCAAGUAUUUUUUAAUACAUGCGGAGAUAAUAAUAAACGUUUGUUAACUGCUUUAAAUUGCUUGGACUCAUCGGAAUCUUACCUCUUAGCUGGAUAUCAAGAUUUUUUGGUGUCAACUGUAGAACAACAUUUUAUUGACACUGGUUUAGAUAAGGAAGACUGUAAACCUUGUGGUACUUAUUGGUAUCAUAUAUCGAAAGAUCAGGCUAAACAAUUUACAAUCGAUCCUCCCAGUAAUAUACAAUUGAAACCCUUAGAAUUAUGUCAUGCCGAACAAAUAAACAGCGUAUGGCCACACCGUGGACCUAAUUCCAUUGAAUUUGUCAAGUUACUAAUAAGGCAAAAUGACUCAGUUGGUCUAUUCGAGGAUAACAAUUUGGUGGCCUGGUGUUUAAUACUUCCCUUGGGUGCUCUUGGUCUGCUGCAGGUUAUGGAUACGCAUAAACGCAAAGGUCUUGGCAACUUGGCUGUACGUUAUAUGUCUAAAUUAUUAGCUGAAAAAGAUAUUGAAGUAACAGCUCCAGUGGUGUUUGAAAAUGUACCUUCUCGUUCUAUGUUUGAAAAAUUAGGCUUCAAAGUUAUCGAUAAAGUGUAUUGGUCCGAUAAACCUGCAAAUAAAUGACUUUAUUCUUAGAAUAGAAUAAAAAUCUUAUUAAUAUUUUUAGAUUUAGAUUAAAGAUCCGAUUUGAGUUCUAGUGGUUGGAUGUUUUAAGCUAGAGUUAUAGAAGUAACUCUAUAUUUCAAAAUUACACUACAAAGUAAAACUGAGAAUAAAUUUUAGUCUUUGACUUUAGUAAUACGAUUUUAGAACUACUACUACUACACUACAGUGAAUCAACUAAGUUUUUUGCCUAUCUUUUUUUAAGAGAAUUUUGUUUUUUGUUCAUAAAUAAAAUUCGGAAAAACAGAUAAAAAGUAAAUAUAU